AACAUUACAAAUUUAUAACAUGAAUCAUCCAAUUCUUUGGUGUCAUGAGGCAAUAGUUAGUCUACUUAAGCACAUUAGACAAGAAGAAGUAUUAUGGGACACAAAGCAUCACUUGUAUUAUAAUGAAACAAUGAAAAUGAGCCUCCUUGACCAGAUCUGCAAGGAGCUGAGAUUGGAGUACCCUGGCAUGAUUGGUCUGUCUACAGAUAUAGUGGUCAAAAAGUUUGCAACCUUACAGAAAAGAUUCGAAAGGGAGUUAAACAAAAUCAAGGCUACUUCCAAUGGGCCAAAUAGCAGAAUAACUACAAAAUGGGAGUAUUUCAAAGCCUGUUCUUUCCUACUGCCUGUAUACGACAACUGCACAAGUGAGCCCUGUUACCAGCCAACAAAAAAUUUGACAGACGAGAUCAUGUCCGAUGACACCCUGGAGAUGGACGAGCCCGUACCAUCCCCGUCCUCAUCUUUAGUCUCUUCUCAACCUUCCCGCCCCAACUCUUCCCUCUCAAUUACACAUGUUCCACCCCUCCACAGGAUACCAAAAAGAAUACAAAAACGAAAAAUCCAAGAUAGUGCAGAGGUCAUGCAACAGAAGAUAAUCGAAUCACUGGACUGCGUGAGAGAUACAUGGAGUUCGCAGCCGCACCAAAGUCAACCCUUCAGAUUUGAUGCAGCUACAGAGGCUGCCAUGUCAUUCAUGAAUUUAAUACCAAAUUCACACCAACACCUCAAGGAUGAAUUUACUGAAAAGGUCUUUUUUCUAGUCGCAGAUAUGAUCAAAAAGUAUAACAGUGAAAAAGAUUCUGAACAAAUGACAGAUAAUGUUGAACACUUUACAUAAUAAAGGUCAUGUUCAAUGUUUGCAUGGGUGCAUUAGCCAUGGUCACCUGAACAGUAGAGUACAAAUGUUAAAUUUAAGGACAUUAUUUUGUAUUUUUUUUAAUGUUAAACUUUAAGGUCUUACUUAUGAUAUACAGUAGAACGUCGAUUUAAAGUGAUUCAAUUUAAGGACACUGUUUUAAUUUAAAGCGAAUCUUUCCCAUUUUGUGCGAGUCAAUCUGGCGCAUCAUAUUUUAAAUUUCGCGCCUAAUGUU